CGAUGUCCCGCAGACCAACAUUGGUGGUGCCAGCAGGCAGCUCUCUACAAACAUCUGACGAGCUCCUAGCCAGGUGACGCACACUGGGGCAUCCAUUCCUCAUACACCGUCCCCUUGCUGCCAGCAGGAGCAUAGAGAUAGUGCAUCCCAUUCACACCCUGCUGCUAUCUAGUGCUGAUACUCCGCUUAUUACCAUCACUCCUCAGCCAGCACCGAGCACGGCUUCAGCACCACAAACCUGGACAGCUCCAGUGUAUCCUCUGCUGGGCUCUGCCAUCCGCCCAUUGCGGGUAACACCGAUUUCAGGUCCAUGCUCUGCUACUUGGCACAGGAAUAGCAGGUAGCCGCCGCAUCGCUCUUACUGAAAGCAGCUGUCACAUACAGCAGGGUUGGACAAGGACACUAGACUUGCUGGCGAAUGGCUCCUAAGUGUAUGCUUUUCUUCUUACCCCUCAUUGGGUUUUUGUGUUUUGUGCAGGGAUUUCCCAAACCCGACACCACUCCAGACAAGGCUCUGCAUAAUAGGGAGCUAAGUGUAGAACGACCAUUGGAAGAGCAGAUUGCUGAGGCAGACACUGUGAGCAAGGCUACAAGCAGAGAACACGGAGAUAAACUACAAAAUGAUUCCCUUGUGGAUGACCUGAGCUUCUUGAUGUCAGUAGCUGAGAAAGAGAAACAUGUGAAAAGAAGUGGUCGAGCAAAGAACUCAGUCACUGGCCACAGAACCGCCCUGGAUGAUGCAGACUCAACAAAGAACGCAAAGCCUGUGCAGUAUUUUGAUUCCACUAAAAGUGGAUUGGAUUAUAAAUUUGAAGAUGAUCCUGAUGGUCUACACCAAUUAGAUGGGACACCUUUAACUGCAGAAGACAUUGUUCAAAAGAUUGCUAUGCGAAUUUAUGAAGAGAAUGACAGAGGAGUAUUUGACAAGAUUGUUUCCAAGCUCCUAAACCUUGGUCUGAUUACAGAAAGCCAGGCAUACACAUUAGAAGAUGAAGUGGCCGUUGUUUUACAGCAUAUAAUUGCUAAUGAGGCUAAAAAUCGGGAAAAGGAAUCUAAAGAUCUGGAUUAUCCUGCAGUCACAGCGGAUGUCAAUGCAGAGGAAAAGAAGGAGGAAAGAAUGGUUACUGAAGAUAAAGAAGUUAAAGAAGUACCCGAAGGGAACAAUAUAGCAGAAAUUGACUUGACCCCUGCAGCUAAUUUGGAAAGGAGGAAUGAAAUGUCAGCGGAAGACAAUUUUGAAGAUCUUCAGUAUUUCCCAAACUUCUACCAUCUAAUAAAAAGCCUAAAUUCAGAAAAUGAUGCUAAAGAGAAGGAAACAUUGAUAACCAUAAUGAAAACACUUAUCGAUUUUGUGAAAAUGAUGGUAAAAUAUGGAACAAUCACGCCAGACGAAGGAGUCAACUAUUUGGAGAACCUGGACACCAUGAUAGCCGUACAGACAAAGAACAAGCUUGGAAAGAACGCUGUGUAUCAGAGUAACAAGGUGUCAGCAGAUGGAGACUCUGAUAGCACCAAGGAAGCUGCAGCCAUUAUGGAAAAGGAGUACGAAAAAAUAAAGGAUUCUACAAAGCUUCAGGAGCCAAAUGAAGCUGAAAACAGUGAGAAGCCCAAAGGGAAAGCUGAAUCAUAUCUAGAAGCAAUCAGAAAGAAUAUUGAGUGGCUGAGAACACACAACAAACAGGGAAAUAAAGAAGAGUAUGAUCUUUCAAAACUGAGAGACUUCAUUGACCAGCAGGCGGAUGAAUACGUACAAAAAGGAAUCCUCGAUAAGGAAGAAGCCAAUGUAAUAAAGCGGAUCUACAGCAGCCUGUGAGGAAGAAAUGCUCUUUACUACCACUGGAAAUAAGCUUUAGAUUUAGAAACUAAACUCCAUGAUCUGGAACCCUCACUUUUUCAAUGAACCAUUAGAAAACACCUGCAGGUUAAUUUACUAAAGACGUAAACUUUUUCACAAUAACGUAAAGUCUGGUCCUUUUGGACUAUUUCAGUUGCACCAGGUUUCCCCCUAACCUGAUUAUUGGGACAAGGGGAACGUGGCUCCAACUUGCUAGAAGAAAGUUUAUGGAUUUAAAGUGCACCUGUUACUUCCACACAGUGAAGACAGCUAAUUUUAUUGGCUAAGCAGGUGAUCAUGACACAGCAGUCCAUCACUAAACUAGGAACCAGUGCCUCAUUAAUAUAUGGCAUUGAACUGACUCAUAUUCACGUCAUUUGUAAGGUACCGCAAAGCUCUCCAGUGACGGACGGUUGGUAUAAAAAAAAUCAUAAAUAAAAUCUGAACACAUCCAUGGAUGGUGAUAGAGAAGGCACAAAUGUGAGGCGGAGAGAGGGCCCUGUUCAUUGGGGCUUACAGUCUACUGAGAAUCAGAGUGGAGAUUGGUAGAGUAGCUGAUAGUACACCCAGAGGGAGUAGUAUGAGGUGAUGUCGGAUGGGUAUAGCGUGAGAGUUUGAUUGGUAAAGUCUGGGUGGAUGGGUAGGGUCUUCUAUAAAUGGGGGUUAACUCACGAGAAGUAUUUCAGUGUGAAGGAGUUGGUAAUCAGAGAUAAGGCAAAGUGUAAAUAUGAGGCAGACAUACAGUAAAAGGACAAGGUGAGUGGUGUAUGGGGAGGAGGUGCCAGUGACAAAAUUGAAGUAUUGAGUAACUUGGAUUGGAUUCUGGAGAGUCUGUGGAGGAAUUUUCCCAGCAGUACAGCAGAUGUGUAGUGGUAAGAGUGUAAGAUCAGUCCUACUGUGGCAUUUCGGAUGUAUGUAAUGGAGAUAGACAGUUGAGGGAGGAAGCUACAGUAAUUAAGACAAGGCUUGGUGAUGUGAUUCGUUCCUAGUGAACAGACAAGCAUUAAUUAUCCUUCAAGAUGACUGUCUCUACUAUGUGCAGGUGACUUGUGCACUUCAGUAAAUAAACCUGUUAUAUCCCAUUGCAUAAGUCUGACUCGUAGUCAAAAGACCAUUUGAUAGGUCAGUACUCUUUUAUGACAAUUCCAUGUGUUUGUGUUUAUAGACAAGACACAGUUUUCCUCACAAAAAGCCACUUAAAGAACAGAGGUACAAUAGCCUGCAUUUUAAUAAGCAUAGUGGCUGUAAAGCUAGAACACCUCACUUUCAUUGAUCUAAGCCUAUAUUUCUGAAUUGAAUCAUAUUGACUUAUACAGUAUGGAUGCAGAACAGAAAGAGUAGUAAGAAAGGUUUUUCAAAUGGACAGGAACACUUUUUGUUAUCAUUACCAAAAGAAAAUAUAAAGGCAGGGACAAAUAUAUAGUCAUGAUAUAUAAUCUAAAGUAUCUGAGUAUCCUACAGCAGAAAUUGUAAAGCUGUGUAGCCAAGAGGCUCUGUCCUGAUAUGAAUGGAUUACCAUGUGGCUCCAAAUAAAUAAAAAGAAAUAUAUGUACAUGGUCUGUAACUAUGCUACAUGACAUCUGUUGGCAUUAUCACAUUUUGGAAGGACAUCUUGUACAAUUCCUAAACAUUGGUAGUAUAGCGACAAGAAUAGAACACUUACACUGUAUCAUGUGAUUUAUCAUAUUGCUGUAUAUAGUGUUAUAUAGGUUAAAGUGUACUUGUUACUUAUAGCUGAAUGGAUGCAGUCAUUUUGUGAGGUGAUCAAGCAAUACCUCAGUGGUAUCAUUAGUUCCUAAUGAAAAAUAGACUAGUUUGAUAAAAAUGGCUGCCUCCAUUAUAAAUAAGUAGCUGGUACAUUUUAAUGGGCAAUAGCGGGCAUAAACUAUACAAUUUUCUAGGCGAUCUACCAGAUAUCGAUUGAUCGGACAUGCUGCAUCGUCCAGCAUGUCCGCCUGAUGCAAGUCGACUGCAUCGGGCACUGUAUGCACUGCCGCAGCCAACCAACAGACAUUUUUUCCCUGUUCCUUCACCGGUGGGGAACGGGAAAUGUCUCCUCCCCAGGGGAUGAACCCAGAUAUCGUGGCCAUACACUGUGAGAUAUCUCACAGUGUAUGCCCAUGAUAUUUGAUGGGUGUGAGGCUGUCAGAUAAAAAUGUCUGACAACCAUUUUAUCUGUCUGUGUAUGCCCAGCAUAUGAAUGCACUCAUGAUAAUUCUGGUUAUUAUUGGUGCAAAAUAGUCCUGUGCUACUAAAUUACACAUCAUUUUAUACUCUACACCAGUGGUUCCCAAACUUUCUUGAAUCACAGUGCUCUUGAGUAGCAGCAUUGCUUUCACCACAUUCCUAGCAUAAAAGCUUAUUAUUGAUAUAUUUGGAAAAAAAAAUCUGAUAAUAAGUAAAUUGUGCCUACCUGUCACCCUUAGGGUCAGUUAUGUGGUGGGGUACAGUUGUACUUCUGAUUGUCCACGUUUUAUGAUUGGCAGACACUAGCACUGGUUUUGCCAAUCACUUUGACCAUAAUUUAAUUCAGUUCUGGACGACUAAACUGAGGCACCCCUGCAAGAGCUUUGCAGCACCCCAGGGUGCCUUGGCACACAGUUUGAAAACCACUGCUCUAUACUCAAAAUGAGGCUUUACAAAUAAUGAUGCUAUUAUUAGUAGCUUCACAUUGUCUCAUGAUUAUCGUCUCUGUGCCAUGCAGUAGGACAUCGAUUUAGAUCUAUGCAGAAGUAGAUUUCUUUGUGUAAAUCUAGGAGAAGAGAUUGGUAGUUUGCAAUAAGAUAAAAGCCAAACCAUUGUUCAUCAUACAUUGUGUUGAAAACUGCACUUUUCACGAAGGAUUCUUCUGUAAAACAUUAAGCUCUUUAUCUACUCAAAUUUUAAUUAUAGCCGUGUUGUUUGAUGUUACCCUUUGCAUUCUUGUAAUUUCUAUUAAAAAAGGUAAAAUAAGCAGUGUGGAAUUAUUUAUGUGAAAUACAUACGAGGUGUAUAAUGUACAUCAACUCCAAUUACAGUACAGGUUGAGUAUCCCAUAUCUAAAUAUUCCGAAAUACGGAAAUUUUUGAGUAGGACUGAGAUAGUGAAACCUUUGUUUUAUGAUGUCUCAUUGUACACAAACUUUGUUUAAUAUACAAAGUUAUUAAAAAUAUUGUAUUAAAUGACCUUCAGGCUGUGUGUAUAAGAUGUAUUUGAAACAUAAAUGAAAUGUGUGUAUGUAUACAAACUUUGUUUAAUGCACACAGUUAUUCAAAAUAUUGGCUAAAAUGACCUUCCGGCUGUGUGUAUAAGGUGUAUUUGACAUUAAAUGAAUUGUGUGUAUGUACACAAACUUUGUUUAAUGCACAAAGUUAUUCAAAAUAUUGGCUAAAAAAAGGUGUACAGUAUAUGAAACAUAAAUGCAUUCUGUGAUUAGACUUGGAUCCUAUCACCAUGAUAUCUUAUUAUGGUAUGGAAUUAUUCCAAAAUACGUAAAAAUCCGAUAUCCAAAAUACUUCUGGUCCCAAGCCUUUUGGAUAAUGGAUGCUCAACCUGUAUAUGUCAACCUAUACUACACAUUGGAUCAUUUUGUGCAGAGGUUAAAUAGUGAAUUUAUAGUAGUCAAUAGAAAUUUUUAUAUAAAAACUGCCUUAGUGAAAUGUA